AUGUCUGCUCAACAAGACCAACAAUCAAUAGAUAAUUUACUUGAUUGUCCAAUAACAGGAACACGUUUUGUUGAUCCUGUUAUAGCUGAUGAUGGAUAUACUUAUGAACGACAAGCAAUUGUUGAAUGGUUACGUCAAAAACCAGUUAGUCCUAUAACACGACAACCAAUGUCUAUUGAUUGUUUACGUUCUAAUCGUAUUGUUAAACAAAUGUUAGAUGUAGAGAAAAAAGCCGAAAGACAAAGUUAUCGAUUUAAAUUAAAUAUUGAUGUAAAAAAGAAACGAAAUCGAGCUUUAUUUCAAAAUGGUGAUAAAUUUAUAUACGAAGCUGAAUGGUUAAAUAAUGAACAAGGACCCGAAAUUGUUCUUUUACAUAUACGCGGUGCUCGUGCAUCAAAAGAAGCCUCAUUUUAUGCUAAAUUAAGUCGUCAUCCGAACAUAAUUCGAACUUUGGGUGUUGUAGAAUCAAGCACUGAAGAAAAUAUGGGUAUAAUGUUACUUCAAGAAUAUGCUCCAUUAGGUGAUUUAUCAGAAUUAUUGCUGAAUCAACCAAGAUUACCCGACAACGUACAUAUUUUUUGUGAAAUAUUUCUUCAAAUUAUUGAUGCUAUGACUUUUCUUGCUUCGAAAAAUAUUGUUCAUGGUGAUUUAGCUUGUCGAAAUAUCUUAGUAUUUAGUUAUCAUCAUACUGAUCCAGAGAAAAUUCUUGUUAAAUUAACAGACUUCGGUUUAACACGAGCAAGUACUAUAUAUCAAAGAACAAACUAUGUAGCAUCAACAAUUAAUACAGUUCCAAUUCGAUCGAGUGCACCAGAAAUUUUGCAAUCACCAAAUGAUAGACAAUUUUAUACGGAAAAAUCCGAUAUAUUCUCUAUGGGUGUUCUUAUGUGGGAAUGUUUGUCGAAAGGAGCAAUUCCAUGGGUUGAGAAAUCAGAUGAUGAAGUAAUUAGAAAUGUUCUUAAUGGUGAACGAUUAAAACGACCUAGGAAUGGUCAAUGUUCUGAUGAUUUAUGGGCAAUCAUUUUAAAAUGUAUGGCACAUCGUCCAGAAGACAGACCAACUUUUGUUCAACUUGAUCGAUUGAUUUCAAAUUUAUUUUCAAAUAGAGUAUCGAUGUUUAGCAGAUAUGCACAAUAUGCUUUUUUACAACAUCAGAGAAACGGUGAAACAAAUUCAAAUAGUCGACUAUCUACCGCAAUUUCUGCCACUAGUUUUCAACCGUCGCCUGCUACAGUUGCUUCCGUCGAUUCUCGACAAGCAACAGUGUCAGAAGAAAAAAUGGUUCUAAUAGAAGGUCCAUUAAUAAUACAAAACGACGGUCGAGCUGCGGGAUAUUUCAAUUGUCAGAACGAUUUUCUUGGACUUGGCGGCUCAAAUCUUUAUUCAUCUGGCACCCAUCGUAUUAAAUUACAAUUCAUGGCAUGUGAAGGAAUUACACAGAUUGAAUUUUUUGGUAUCAUCAGUGACAGUCUGAAAUAUCAAGCUAGUAUGACACAUUGGACUGAGAUGGCUUGCACCUAUGGUUGUGGUACUCGUUUUAAGUGUGAAAAAGGUAAACGUUUUCCCAAAGCCGAAGAUCUACCAAUUCGUAAUGGAACUGUCAUCCAACUCGCGCUGGAUUGUAGUAAUCAUAAAAUUUACUAUAAAAACGGUAACUCUUAUGUACAAGAAAUUCUUAUUGACACACAAGUAUGUCCAUUUCCAUGGAAAUGGCGUCUUCGAUUUUUCAGCAAAACAGGAUGUCUUCGAUUGACAUGA